ACAACAAAUUAUCAUCGUUGUCGUUCAUGUCUUCGUCUUUAUCUUCGUCUUCGUCGUGACUUGCUACUUUUCUUGUGGGUUUAUCGCACUGUAACUAAUACGAUUGACUGUCGAUAAGCUGUCUGUGUGUAUGCGUGUGUGUAUGUGUGACAAUACUGAAGCGAAUCGGAUUCGGUACCGUUAAGUAUUUGCUAAUUCGCCGCUGCAAGUUUUGUGAGACUGUGAAUAAUGACUGUUACCGCAUUCGCCGCCGCAAUGCACAGACCCUUCUUCAAUGGAUACUCAGCAAUGCAAGACAUGAAUAGCGGUCAGGGACGUGUCAAUCAGUUGGGUGGCAUGUUCAUCAAUGGUCGCCCCCUGCCCAACAGCAUCCGCCUCAAGAUCGUCAAUAUGGCGGCGGAGGGUAUACGUCCUUGUGUGAUCUCUCGUCAGUUGCGUGUCUCGCACGGCUGUGUAUCAAAGAUAUUGAAUCGCUACCAGGAGACCGGUUCGAUACGUCCUGGUGUCAUUGGUGGCUCUAAGCCGCGAAUUGCCACGCCCGAAAUUGAGAAUCGCAUUGAGGAAUACAAACGCAACAAUCCCGGCAUGUUCUCCUGGGAGAUACGCGAAAAGUUGAUCCAUGAGGGCUUCUGUGAUCGCAGCAUGGUUCCAUCCGUAUCGGCUAUAUCGCGCCUGGUGCGCGGACGCGAUGCCAACGCCGAUGGCACUGAUGCCAGCUCCUCCAAACCCAACUCCAGUAGUUCUUGCAGCUCGCAUUCGUUGCAGCAUCCGAAACCCUCCGACGAGGAGGACCUCUCCGACUGCGAGAGCGAGCCGGGCAUCGCCUUGAAGCGGAAACAACGCCGCUGUCGCACCACCUUCUCCGCUAGCCAGCUGGAGGAGCUGGAGCGUGCCUUCGAGCGCACCCAAUACCCGGAUAUAUUUACGCGCGAGGAGCUGGCUCAGCGCACCAAUCUCACCGAGGCACGCAUCCAGGUGUGGUUCAGCAAUCGACGCGCCCGGCUCCGCAAACAGCACACAUCCAGCGUCGCCAUUUCGGUUGUUGGCAGUGGCAGUGCUGGCAGCGCAAGUGGCAGUGGUAGUGGCACCCCCGUCUCCAGCUCGUUGGCGAUGAUGAGUCUGCCGGCGAGCAGUCUGGAUGCACAUGCUCAUGCCGCUGCCGCUGCUGCCGUUUAUCAGCAACAAUUUGAUUAUUAUAGUCAAGCGGCAGUUGCUGCUCCUCCUGCUCCACCGGUGGUCAACAGUUUGUCGCCCAUCUGUGGUAAUUUAACGGCAACAACGACGACGCCGCCGCCACCGCCGCAUCAUCAUCAUCAUCAUCAUCAGUUCUACAAUCCCGCUGUGGCCAGCACUGCCAGCUACAUAAUGCCCAGCUCCGUCAGCAAUAACAACAAUAAUAAUAACAACAAUCUUUUGUCGGAUCAGACGCACUUUGAAUUGGGUUCGAUUUACAGCACUGAAUCUGAGCCGCAUCAGACAAUGCCACGUAACGAGAGUCCCAACGAGUCCAUCUCCUCCAGCUUUGGCCAACUGCCACCCACACCAAAUAGUCUCGUUGUGGGUUCUUCAACUGCUGCUGGUACUGAGCCAACGCAAUCCUCUGCAUCCGCUGCAUCGCUGGAGGAGCUGAAAGUGGAGACGACGAAUGCUCAGCAGGCGCAACUCUAUAGCAGCUGGAGCAACAGCAAUAACAGCAGCAGCAUGUCCAGCAUGCCCAGCAUGCGUCCCAAUGCACCACUCUCGCCGGAAGAUUCGCUCAACUCCACCAGUUCGACGAGCAAUGCUCUGGAGAUGUCCGCCGCUGUCUCCGCUGCCCAUCAAAUGUUUCAUCCGUAUCAGCAUGCGUCGCAAUAUGCUGGAUAUCCCAGCACAGCUAGCACACAUCAUGCCCAUCAUCCACAUGCCCAUCCGCAUCAUGCACAUCAUUCGCAUAUGCCGUCGCAUCCCCAUUCACAGUAUGCACCCGCUUCCCAUUAUCCUCCUCCGCCUCCGCCGCCUGCUUCAGCCGCAACAUCGUCGCAUUUUAUGCCGCAGAACUUCAAUGCUGCCGCCGCCGCGGCUGCUGCUGCCUUCUCCUCACCCUCCAAGAUGAACUAUGGCACUAUGCCGCCUCAGCCAUUCUAUCACUCCUGGUACUAAUCAGCAGCCAGGACCUUUUUCACCUUUAGACGUCGCCAAAGAUUCGUGUACAUUUUUGUUUGUUUGCUGCUUGUCAAAGCAGCAAUUCCUAGGAAUUCUUCCUAUUUACAGUGAUCGCUCGAUAUGUAGAAACUUUAAUUUUAAUUCUUAAAGUCGUCUUAAUUUUAUUUAGUUU